GAUCCAGCAGCACUGUGGACUGUGGAGUCAACGCCUGACUUCACCUGAUCACUCAUUAACCCUGUGUGUUUACGGAACCCUUACAGGAGGGAGGCAGCAGACUUUUACACAGAACAUCAGACAAAGUCUUUCUUCAGCAACCUGGUGCAGUUUAUGACCUCUGGGCCUGGGGUUGCCAUGGAGCUGAUGGGUGACGAGGCGGUGUCGGUGUGGAGAAGGAUUCUAAACCCCACUGACUCGGGCGUGGCACGGAAAGAGGCCCCGCCAAGCCUCCGAGCCCAGUUUGGCACAGAUGGCACCAGAAACGCGGGACAUGGGUCUGACUCGCUGGCCUCAGCAGAAAGAGAACUGGAGUUUUUCUUCCCAUCCACUGCGGGCCAUGGUCCCGCUAACACGGCCAACUACACAGACUGUGCCUGUUGCGUCAUCAAACCUCACGUUGUGUCAGAAGAAUACGGUGGAAGAUCUGUGUUCUGCACCUGCAGGGCCCUGGAGAUCCGAGGGAUUGACGCACCUAAGACCUUCCGGGACUUCUGUGGACCGGCUGAUCCGGUCCAAUAUUUCUUCCAGAUUUUGGAUGGAUGAAGUCUUUUUUUACACCACAAAUACUAAUAUGCACAUUCCAUUUCUAUGAGUAUGUAAAUAAAAUACAUUUGACUGCAGGAUACAUUUCUCAAUUUAUUUGUCUUUAGGUCUUACCUUGAUUCAAUAAAAUGUGUUUGGAUGUUCAACAUUUAAUCACUUUUACACCAACAAAACAUCCUAUUACAUGGGGUACUGCAUUGCUUCUGAUAUUCUAACCUUUGACCAGCGACUUUGGCAUUGGAUUCAUACAUUAGACCUUUUCCUGUAUUUAUUUUUUUACAACUUGCAUAAAUAUAAAAUUCUUCCACCAUGAAAAUGGCUAAAACAUUCAUUAGAAAGUUACACCACAUGUGACGUCUCCAGCAAAAAAAAUCAAAAUAGUUUGUUUUAAAAGCACUGAGUUGCUGUCAGUGUUUCCAUGAAGGAGGAAGGCAGCUAGUCUCCCCUGCCUGCCGCUGGACACAGAGCACAGCUAGCUCUAGACUACAGAGAGAGGAGGACGAGAAGCAUCAAACAGAAAUGUCAUUAAACCCUCUGUCCCAUAUUAAAGGUGAU